AUAAUAAACAUUUAUGAUUGAGUGAAGGACAUAAAGGAAAGCUCGGAAAAUGAUUUUGGUACUGCAAGGGACAAAGGUCACUAUUGAUCGAAUGUGCGAGGGUGCGCGCCAGCGCAGCCGAUAGUUAUUCGUCUUUGCAACUUGCAUUAAGGGACGCACUUCGCCACCCCAAAAAACAUUCGGGAUUUAGCCGAUUCGCCGGCUAUAUAGUGUUGUUUGUUAUUGCUGUCACAAUGUCAGGCGCAAGACAGGGACUAUAUUGGAUUUGCGACACUUCCAGAACAAGUGCACAGGAAAUCAGUAAAAAGAGGAUUCGAAUUUACAUUGAUGGUCCUGGGUGAAACUGGAUUGGGAAAAUCAACCCUAAUAAAUAGUCUUUUCCUUGGUGAUCUCUAUAAAGAUCGACGAAUUCCCGAUGUCUCUGAACGAAUAGAAAAAACAACGUCAAUUGAAAAAAAGACAAUGGACAUAGAAGAGCGUGGAGUUAGAUUACGAUUAACAAUUGUCGACACUCCGGGCUUUGGAGAUUCAGUAAAUUGUGAAGACACAUGGAAAGCAUGUUCGUCGUAUAUUGAUGAACAAUUUCGACAAUAUUUCACUGACGAAAGUGGAUUGAAUAGAAAAAAUAUACAGGACAACAGGGUACAUUGCUGUCUUUAUUUUAUUCCCCCAUAUGGACAUGGACUCAGACAAGUGGAUCUUGAAGUAUUAAGGAGAUUACAUCGCAAAGUAAAUGUCGUACCAGUAAUUGCCAAAGCGGACACUCUAACAACGCAAGAAGUAAAAAAAUUAAAAGAACGAAUACUUGCUGACAUUGAGGAGCAUGAAAUUCAGAUUUAUCAGUUCCCCGAUUGUGACAGUGAUGAAGACGAGGAAUUUAAACAACAGGACAAAGAAUUAAAGGCUUGUGUACCGUUUGCUGUUGUUGGUAGUUCAACAGUUUUAGAAGUUGCUGGACGAAAAGUUCGUGGACGACAAUAUCCUUGGGGAGUUGUUGAAGUUGAAAAUCCAAAACAUAGUGAUUUUGUGAAAUUACGAACAAUGUUAAUUUCAACGCAUAUGCAAGAUUUAAAAGAUGUCACACAAGACGUUCACUAUGAAAAUUUCCGUGCUCAAUGUAUUUCCCAAAUAUCCCAGCAAGCGAUCCGGGAAAGGAGGUAUUUACGCAUUAAAUUAAAAAGAGAUUCUGGUCCACAUUUCGAUAAUAAUAUUUCCGAAACUGACAGACUACUUUUACAGAAGGAUGAAGAGAUACGCAGAAUGCAAGAUAUUUUGGCUCAAAUGCAAGAGAAAUUAAAAGCAACGGGACAAGUAAGAAGAGUUGGAAGUUUAGGAAAUGAUUUAGAUGUAACUGACGUAGACAAAAAGCGAAACAGUAUUAUUGAUGUUUGAAACUUUUUCUGUGAUUCUACAUUUUGGCGAUUACUAUAAUGCUCCAUUUAUAUAUAUACUAUAAGAAUAGAGUUCAGGGUUUUAAUUAUCGCCUUAAUUCCAGAAAAGCUUUUUAAAAUUAUUUAGAAAAGCGCAUCUCGUAUUAAAGCCAAUCAUAUACAAAAGUAUCAGACAAUACCCUGAAUUAACAAUAAAAAAAAAAAACUGAUUAAUCAGUAGCGAAUCCAGUCAAAUACAGGCUUAAUUUUAUAAAUACGAGAGACAGAAAAAAAAUCAUUUCAAUUUUUUUAACAAAUCCGCCUUUGUCUGGAUUCGCCACUGUGGAAAAAUAAAAAAAAAAUUUUGUUGAAUUAUUAUUUUUAAGUUGUUAUCGAGAGUAUGGUUUAAAUAUAAUAUAUUAAUUAAUUGUAUACAUCACGUAGAAUGUAAGUGAUAUUUAUAAAUCGCACAAGUAUUACUUUUCUCCACCUAUUGAAUUUUGCACAAAGGAAAGGAAGUGUUUUUUUUUUUUUUUUUUUAAAGAAUGUUUUCAAAUAUAGGUGGAGAAUGUUUUUUAUAAACUGAGGCAAUUAAAUAUUGAAAUAUAUACUGUUUUUAAUUAAGUAAUACGUAUAAUAUGUAUAUUCAGGGAAAAUAAAUUCUUUCUAAAUGA